AUGCUCACUACAGGCACAAAAGAUGUCCUACUUGUUGGCCUGGGUGCAGUUGGAACGAUCUAUGCCUAUAUCCUUCAAAGCAGCAAGCUCGUGCGAGUGACGGCUGUCGCACGAAGUAACUAUGACGUCGUCAAUGCCAAGGGUAUACAUAUCAAGAGCCAAAAGUAUGGCACUCACGAGAGCUGGAAACCCCACCGUCUGGUAUCAUCGGUGGCGGAAGCUGCUGAUAGGCCGUAUUCCUACGUAUUCCUGACGACCAAGGCAAUUCCAGAGGUGAUAAAGACGCCUCGGAUCCUAGAACCAUUGCUCUCUCGUCCGUAUAGCGAAAGGCACCCCCAGCCUACUUAUGUAUUACUCCAAAAUGGACUCGGAGUGGAGCGAGACUUGUAUCACAGCGUCAAGGCCCUCGAUCUAGGCGAACCCAGGAUCAUCAGCACUGUCGUGUAUAUUUCAACAAAUGCUGUGGAGAAGAAUGUGGUCCAUCACAACGGAUUUGAUCGUAUUACCAUUGGAAUGUACAGACAUGGAGACCACCUAACGACUACUAAUAGUCCUGAAGAAGAUGCUAUCUUGACAGACCUUGGAAUCGCGCUUAAAACAGGAGGUUCAGAGGUGACCAUUGCAACAGAGAUCCAGCGCAAGAAAUUUAUCAAGACAUUUUGGAAUAUUGUAUUCUCCUCCUUCUCAACCCUCACCGGGUGUUCUCCUACAGCGUUCUUUCGACCUCCACCUAAAGAGGGCCAAUCAUACAGUCCUUAUGUUGCACCUCAGACAGCGCCUGAUAUCGUCCCUGUCCUGCGUGCCGUUUUGCAAGAGAUGAUUACGCUAGGGCGUGCAUUGGGGUACCCAGACAACGAAGAUGGUCUACCUUCUUCGCUCGUUGACGAUACUAUAUCACGUACUGCAGAGUUACACAGAGACCCUGCCAAUUCAAUUGUCCCGAGCAUGCUCCUUGAUGCUCAGAAUGGGUCGCCUAUCGAGGUGGAGGUGAUUCUUGGGGAGGUUGUCAGAAUGGCCAAGGAAAUGGGGAUAGACAUGCCACGUGUUGAAACAUUAUAUGCAUUGCUAUCUAUUAUCCAAAACCAGACUCUUGGUGGAAUUAGACGACCUAAACUCUAG